UCUUAAUUUCCAUUUUCAAAUCACCAUGGAGUUUGCCAGUGGUGUUGCGGAGAAUGUCUUGGGUAGGCUGGCCUCUUAUGCUGCCGAAGAAGUUUGCUUGGCUUGGGGUGCCCAACAUGAGCUGAAGAAGCUCAAUAAGACCUUGUUAGCCAUCAAACUUGUGCUCCAGGAUGCAGAGAAGAAGCAAAUGCAGAAUCCCCUCAUCACUCAUUGGUUAGGAAACCUCAAAGAUGUUUGCAAUGAUGCUGAGGAUGUACUCGACGAAUUUGAGUUCCAAAAGCUCCGACUUAAAUUGCUCAUCAACGACCGCUGGAGCGUCAAAGGAAAGGUACACCAAUUCUUCUCCCGUUGGAAUCCAGUCGUGUUUAACUUCAAAAUAGGUCAUAAAAUCAAAGAGAUUAGAGAAAGUUUGGUUGAGAUUGAUGACGAAAAGAGAAAGUUUUCUCUCAAUCAAAUUACUGAAUUAGCUGACGAUUAUCGUGUGCCCCAAAGGGUGCAUGAUACUAGAAGGGAGACAGACUCUUUACCAGAGGCGUAUGUUGUUGGAAGAGAUGGGGACAGAAAACAGAUUAUUAACCAUCUCUUGAAUGACACCCGUUCUUUUGGUAAUGAGAAUGUUUCAGUUAUCUCCAUCAUAGGGUUAGGUGGUUCGGGAAAAACUACACUUGCUAAAAUGGUGUACAAUGAUAAUGUGGUAGAAGAAAACUUUGAGAUGAGAUUGUGGAUAUGUGUCUCUGAUAAAUUUGAUAUCCAUACAUUAGUUAAAGGCAUUAUUGCUGAAACUAAAAAGGAAUGUGAUUAUGGAAGUUUGAAUCUUAUGAAAAAGGGGUUGCAAGAAAUCUUGAGAGGUAAAAAGUUUUUGUUAGUCUUGGAUGAUGUUUGGGACACAGAGUCAACAGGAUUUACAGUUCAAAAAUGGGAUGAGUUAAUAUCUCUGUUACAUGUUGGAGCCAAAGGGAGUAAAAUCAUCGUGACAACACGUAGUGAAUUAGUCGGUUCACUUGUACACCCUAUACAAAUGCAUUCUUUAAAAUGUCUUUCUCAUGAGAAUUCCAUGAUUUUGUUUAAAAAAAAUGCAUUUUACGAGGGAGAGGAGCAACACUAUCAACACUUGAUAGAAAUUGGGGAGAACAUUGUGAAGAAGUGUGGAGGUGUUCCCUUAGCACUAGUUACUCUAGGGAGCAUGCUCCGCUCGAAAAGGGAGCGACGCGACUGGUUACGUGUAAAAGAUGAUGAAAUUUGGAGUAUGUCAGGAAACGACAACAUUAUGGUUGCACUAAAAUUGAGUUACAAUGCAUUGCCACCUCACUUGAAAUCUUGUUUUGCCUUUUGUUCACUUUACCCCAAGGAUUAUGUAUUCAAUAGUAAAGACAUAGUCCCAUUAUGGAUGGCACAAGGCUAUCUCAAGUCCUCAAGAGAAAAUGAAGAUUUUGAAGAGACGGGCAUAGACUGUAUAAGGUUGUUUUGUUCCAAGUCUUUGUUUCAACUUGAGAUGGAUUUGAAGACUAUCAUAGCGUUCAAAAUUCAUGAUCUAUUGCACGAUUUAGCAAUAUCAAUGGCAGGGGUUGAGUAUUCCACUGUUAAUUGUCGUCCCUCAAGUGCUUUCGAAAAAGUCCGACACAUGUCAAUAACAGCAAAUGACUUGCCUGGAGAUGAGGCACGAGUCCUAGAAUUCAUUCUCCAGUUGGAGAAACUGCGAACCAUUUUAAAUGUAGAUGGUGAUGCAAGGAUCUCCAAUCAAUAUUUUCUAACGACAUGCAUCUCGAGAUUCAAGUAUAUGCGUGCACUAGAUGUACAUGGGUCUACUCUUGAGGAGCUACCAAGUUCCAUUGGUAACUUGAGUCAUUUGAGAUAUCUCAACCUGAAGGAUAACACAAAGUUAAGAAAGCUUCCCACUUUCAUUUGCAAACUCUUGAAUUUGCAGUUCUUAAGCCUUGAAGGUUGUGAGGCACUUGAGGAGUUACCCAACGGCAUAGGGAACCUGAUCAACCUCAGAUUUUUGUAUAUAACUACACAACAGAUGUAUUUGCCGAAAGGAGUAUUCAGACACCUCACCUUGCUUCAAACAUUAUCAAUCUCGAGCUGUAAAAAUCUAAAAUCUCUGGGCAAAGAGAUGGAAUACCUCACUGACCUUCGUCAGCUGGUGAUUGGUAGUUGUGAAAAUCUGGAGUCCUUGCCACCUAACAUGAAGAACUUGACUGCAUUACAUACUUUGGCGAUCGGGAAUUGUAAGAAGCUUGAGUUAAUGAGGUCGGGAGAAGGCAUCAAUGGUCUCAUAUCCUUCAUUGUCGGCACAUCAGAUUUGGAGGCUUUGCCCAAUUGGCUUCAAGAGUCUGUAGACACUUUACAGAGCAUGGCAAUCGGGGAGAGUGAUAAUCUCACGGCACUUCCAGAGUGGUUACAAAAUCUCACCUUGCUGGAGCAAUUGGUGAUUGUGGGCUGCCCCAAAUUGUCUGCUUUGCCGCAAGGGAUGCAUUGCCUCACUGCCUUGAAAGAAUUGCGGAUUCAAGGGUGUCCUGAAUUGAGAAAAAGAUGCAGAAGGGAAACAGGAGAGGAAUGGUCCAAGAUCAAACAUGUCCCAAAGAUUGUACUCGACGACUCUGACGAUGAUUAGGUCCCCAUUUGAAGAGUUUGCGAAAUUGCAUGCGGCCAUUGGGGUGCGUUGAAAUGAAGUUGAAGUGCUGCUGCGCGCUGUACUGCAUUUGUUUGGGACCUGCACUCAUAAGUUGUUGGAGUUUGAAAAAAGAGACCUUUCGUUUAUAAUAAAAGUGAUGUGUGCGAUUGUUGUUUAAAACGGUGUGAUUAUUUGUAGGGGUGUGCAAAAGAUGGUACAAACCGGCCAAACCGACCGAUAAAUAUGGUUUGGUUAAGGUUUUUUAACUUUAAAAAUUGAAAAUCGAUUCAAUACCGAACCAAACCAUUCAUGAAUUGGGUUGGUUUGGUCGCGGAACC